AUGGCACCAGUUUUAAAGCGCACGAACUCGGACCUCCUGCCACUUGACCCGAGGAGCCAGCUGUUAUUGAUAUGGGAUUGUAUGUGCAACUGGAUGCAAGAACAGCUUGACUCCGGAUAUGGAGUUACUGCAAGGAGCUUUGGUUCCUUUACCUUUGAGAGAGAUAUGCGCCAGCUGUCACCUCCUGUACCUGAGUUGAACCACGUGGGCAAGAUGGUAGAGUCACUGGAGCCUUGCUUUGUGAUAGACGCUGGUCUUGCCGCAGAUGUUCAUAGACAAUCAAAUACGAAAAUACAAGAGAAUAAUCAGAGCACGAAUUCAAUCUUUCAAACAAAAAAGAUUAAGUUCCUAAAUCCGGUGCCCAUUGCAGCUGCGUGCUACCUGCAUACAACUGUGGUGGUUUCAGCACUGAAGGCAUUCUUCAGCGCAAUCCCUCAGCUUGUUAGAAACAAUCAUGAUUUAGCUCUGCACUUUAAUUUUUGCAAAAUGACGCUAUCAAACAAAAAGGUGUCAUGCAAAUUUGCCGCGAGAGUCAGGCAAGUGGCACAGGCGGCUCUUGACUCGAAGAAAAAAGGCGGCUCUGAUUCUGUCAAAGGUAACUGGAGCUACUGCAACAGUCACAAUGCGAUGGCACCCAUUUUUACGCAAAGGGGGGCAACAGAACCACAGGCAGCACCGCGGAUAUCUUUUCAGCUAGCACAAACGAAGCGGAAGCAAGAUGAUGUGAUAAAUUCUAAAGUAUCUGUAUCCCCUUGCACUAAGGUACUAAAAAGCAAACCACUACGAAGUGAGUUGAGACCCAUUGUUCCUACCAACACCGAGGAAUUUCGCGGAUUAUCGGAAUGCAUGCUAGCUUACAGAGUGGCAAGUGCUGAAGCUGGCGAACCUCUGUAUGCGGACCUACAACCACAGUGUACAUGA